GGGAGCAGGUGGGAGGGGAGGAGCAGCGAGUAGUGACAGGAGAGGCAGCAGCAGCGGAGGACGAGGCGGACACGGUAACAGCGCUGACAUGGAGGACAAGGUGGACGACACAGAAUUUGUGACGGUUCCAGAACUGGACAAGCUGCUGGAACAGGACCCCAUCCUCAAACCCUACAAGAAGGACUUCCAGAGGAGGUAUACUUUGUUUGUUCAGCUGUUAAAGAAAAUUGACGAAUGUGAAGGUGGCCUUGAAAAGUUCUCAAGAAGUUAUCAGUCAUUUGGUAUCCAUACCCAUCCAGAUGGUGGGAUCUAUUGCAAAGAAUGGGCCCCGGGUGCAGAAGCCGUGUUCCUUACUGGAGAUUUCAAUAAUUGGAAUCCCUUUUCUCAUCCAUAUAAGAAGUUGGAUUUUGGCAAAUGGGAAUUAUACAUUCCACCAAGAGAAGAUAAAUUGCCCGUCCUACUUCAUGGUUCCAAGAUAAAGGUAGCCAUCAAAACCAAGUCUGGAGAAGUGAUCUACCGUAUUUCCCCGUGGGCAAAGUACGUUUUGCAGGAAGAGAAAAGUGUGGUGUAUGACUGGGUUCACUGGGAACCAGCUGAGUCUUAUACACGUAAAUAUGAGCGGCCAAGGAAGUCCAACAGCAUCCGCAUUUAUGAAUCUCAUGUUGGAAUUGCAUCACCAGAAGGAAAAGUAGCAUCCUAUAAAAAUUUCACAUACAACGUGCUACCAAAGAUAAAGGACCUUGGUUACAAUUGCAUUCAGUUGAUGGCUGUGAUGGAACAUGCAUACUACGCUAGUUUUGGAUACCAGAUCACCAGUUUCUUUGCCGCAUCAAGUCGGUGUGGAACCCCAGAUGAAUUAAAGGAACUUGUUGACGUUGCCCAUUCUAUGGGAAUCCAGGUUUUACUUGAUGUUGUACAUAGUCAUGCAUCAAAAAACAGUGAAGACGGUCUUAACCAAUUUGAUGGCACAGAUGCAUGCUUUUUCCAUGAUGGACCUAGAGGAAACCAUGAUCUCUGGGACAGCAGACUGUUUGACUACUCAAACUGGGAGGUUUUAAGAUUUUUGCUCUCUAAUUUACGGUGGUGGAUUGAAGAAUAUGGUUUUGACGGCUUCCGUUUUGAUGGUGUUACAUCUAUGCUUUACCACCACCACGGAAUUGGAUGCGGAUUUACUGGCGAUUAUAAUGAAUAUUUUGGCUUACAAGUGGAUGAAGAGUCCCUUGUCUAUCUCAUGAUAGCAAAUCAUAUGACCCAUUCUCUGUACCCGGACUGCAUUACAAUAGCAGAGGAUGUUUCUGGGAUGCCAGCUCUCUGCUGCCCUGUAACACAAGGUGGUGGAGGAUUUGAUUACCGGCUAGCCAUGGCUGUGCCCGAUAAGUGGAUUCAGAUUCUGAAAGAGUACAAGGACGAAGAAUGGAAUAUAGGGAAUAUAGUUCAUACACUGACGAACAGAAGAUAUAACGAAAAGUGCAUUGCGUAUGCUGAAAGCCAUGACCAGGCACUAGUUGGAGAUAAGACAUUGGCUUUCUGGUUAAUGGAUGCUGAGAUGUACUCAAACAUGAGCGUGGCGUCUCCGUUAACUCCUGUUAUUGACCGUGGAAUUCAGCUUCAUAAAAUGAUCCGACUGAUAACGCACGCUCUUGGAGGAGAAGGAUACCUCAAUUUUAUGGGUAAUGAAUUUGGUCAUCCAGAAUGGUUGGAUUUCCCAAGAAAAGGAAAUAAUGAAAGUUAUCAUUAUGCCAGGAGACAGUUUCAUCUGAUUGAUGAUCAGUUUUUGCGCUACAGAUUUCUUUAUGCUUUUGACCGAGACAUGAAUAGAUUAGAGGGGAAGAUUGGCUGGCUGUCAUCACCUCCGGCCUAUGUCAGCGCAAAGCAUGAAGGUGAUAAAAUUAUUGUAUUUGAGCGGGCAAAUCUUCUUUUCAUCUUUAAUUUCCAUCCCUCCAAGAGCUUCACUGGAUACAGAAUAGCAGCAAAUAUACCUGGAAAGUAUAUGAUAGUGUUGGACACUGAUUCCGAAGAGUAUGGAGGACAUCAAAGAAUUGAUCACAAGACAGAAUUCUUUACUGAAAAUUUUCCUUAUAAUAACCAACAGUAUUCUAUCUUGGUUUACAUUCCAUGCAGAGUGGCGCUUGUUCUUCGUAAUGUUGACAACCAUUAAGGCCUGAAGAUGCAUCUUUAUCUCUUCUGUGUGAGCGCAGGCUGUUUAGAAGUAGAACAAUUCACACAAUGCGUAGUAUUAUUGAAUGUGCUCAAGGUUAUUCACAAUAGUCUAAUGGAUAACUAGAUUGAACACGGCAUUCUGUCGCCUCAUGUACACCUAGAUGGAGCCAGACGGCAGCAAAUGCCUGGCGCAUUUCUAAUUCACUGUAUUAUGAAACGCGUUAGCUGUACAUUGUAAAUGUUCCAUCCUAGGCCUGUGUUUCUGUGAAGCAAUACAUUUCCUACUAUUACUAUACUGUAUCUGUGUGUAAUAGUGACAUUUCUAUUUGGUUGCACUACAAACUACAGUUAAUUUAUUGUGACCCGUAGUAAUAUAAUUUUUUUUUGUCAUAGUUUAGACCACCUAUUGUGUUGUAUAACUUGGAAAAAUAGCGCAGUCUGCACUACUAUUCUGUUCUUUGAUAAUCAAGAUUUUAGGGUGGCCAUACACCUUAGUUAUGUCAGCUUAAACACUCCUUUUUUCCAACAAUUAUUCCUCCUUACCUGAGAAACCAAACAUGCAUGAGUUCUGCAUAGUAUGGGCAUGGGCGAUGGCAUUAGCGAUCACUCCUCCCCAUACUGUGGAGGGCAUCACAGCGGUCACCUCCACUGACAAGCCAGCGAUGGUUGAGAAGGAACGCUUCCUUCCCGGCAAUCUCUUGCUACAGUGUGCCAUGUAAAGGGGCACUUAAGGGGUUCUCCCACUUCAGCAAAUGCCAUGUAUC